GUUUUUUCGACCUUCGUAGUAUCUUCGUAGGUAAUCGCGCUUUUCAACUAUUGACUAUUCGUGUUCACCAUUGUUAUUUUUCUGAGUUCGCUAUUCGGUAGUUAUUGAUUUUUAGUAAGAACUAAGAAGAGUACGAACUAAGAACCCCGAAGCACCCGAAGUCUAAACCUCUGAUUCCGGAAUCCGGACAUCUUGUGCAUCGUUUUUCUACAGACAUGUGAAGUUUUACAUUAAUUUUUCAAGAGAGAAGAGAAAACAACGAAAGACAGCAAGAUGCAUCGACGAGGCGGGAAACGAAUUCGUAUGGAUGAUCCUCCUCCGGAAUACGUAAAUCCUAUGACUCCUGCAACUCCGAUUACUGAUUAUGGAGUUCCGCCUGAUGCCGAGCCGAUGCCUCUGAUCAGACAGAGUUAUGCGAGAAUCAGUGCGGUGUCAAGCUAUGCGUUGGCGGAAGCACUUCGUGAAGAGCCGGAAGAAGUGGCUGAGGAGGAAGCGCGCUCUCCGUCUCCGGCCCCGACCAAGAGGAUUACGCGCAGUCGCGGUCGAGGCGGUGACGGGGGCUACGUGGGGCGCCUGGCCGAGUCUCCGCCACCUCCGCCGCUGCGGCGCCGCGGUCGCGGCGGGCGCGGACGCGGUCGGGGCCGCGGAGCAGCGCCUCCCCCGGCCUACUCGCCGCCGCCCGUGCUGCUGCCGGGCGAUGACGAAAACAGUCUCUACAAUAUACUCCGCUUUAACAAGACUGCUAUUAACCAAGUUGUGGACAUGUGGAUAGAAGAAUACAAAUGCAACAAGGAGAGUGCUCUGGUGCAGCUGAUGCAGUUCUUCAUCAACUCUUCUGGCUGCAGAGGCAAGGUCACCCCGGACAUGGCCCAGAUGGACCAUACACUCAUCAUUAAGAAGAUGACACAGGAGUUUGAUGAGGAAAGUGGAGAAUACCCCCUGAUUAUGUCAGGGCAAACAUGGAAAAAGUUUAGGUCCAACUUCUGUGAGUUCAUACAGACGCUGGUGAAGAUGUGUCAGUACUCUAUCAUCUAUGACCAGUACCUCAUGGACAAUAUCAUUUCACUGCUCACGGGCUUGUCUGACUCGCAAGUGAGGGCCUUCAGACAUACUGCAACAUUGGCUGUGAUGAAGCUGAUGACGGCGCUGGUGGACGUGGCGCUGCUGACCAGCGUGAACUGCGACAACUGCCUGCGCCAGUACGAGGCGGAGCGGCUCAAGGGCCGCGACAAGCGCGCCAGCGAGCGCCUCGAGGUGCUGGUGGCCAAGCGCCAGGAGCUGGAGGAGAACAUGGAGGAGAUCAAGAACAUGCUGUCCUACAUGUUCAAGUCCGUGUUCGUGCACCGCUACAGGGACACUUUGCCGGACAUCCGGGCCAUCACCAUGUCCGAGAUCGGCAACUGGAUGGAGAAGUUCCCCGCCCACUUCCUGGACGACCUGUACCUGAAGUACAUCGGCUGGACCCUUCACGACAAGGUGGGCGAGGUGCGGCUGCGCUGCCUGCAGGCGCUGCAGCCGCUGUACGAGUGCGAGGAGCUGAAGGGCAAGCUGGAGCUGUUCACGUCCAAGUUCAAGGACCGCAUCGUGUCCAUGUCGCUGGACCGCGAGACCGACGUGGCCGUGCACGCCGUGCGCCUCGUCAUCGCCAUCCUCAAGAUGCACCCGGACGUGCUGACGGACAAGGACUGCGAGAACGUGUACGAGCUGGUGUACUCGUCGUGGCGCGGCGUGGCGGCGGCGGCGGGCGAGUUCCUCAACGUGCGCCUGUUCCGCUGCGACGACGCGGCGCCCACGCGCUCGCGCCGCGGCAAACAACGCCUGCCCAACACGCCGCUCGUGCGCGACCUCGUGCAGUUCUUCAUCGAGUCCGAGCUUCAUGAGCACGGCGCCUACCUGGUGGAUUCCUUGAUAGAAUCCAACCCAAUGAUGAAGGACUGGGAGUGCAUGACUGAUUUGCUGCUGGAAGAAGCCGGCCCGGACGAGGAGGCACUGGAUAAUAGACAAGAGUCGUCGCUGAUCGAGCUGAUGGUGUGCUGCGUGCGCCAGUCCAGCACGGGCGAGCCGCCGGUGGGGCGCGGCGCCUCGCGCAAGCACCACCAGGUGCUGUCAAAGGAACAGGCCAAGACGGUGAGCGACGACCGCGCCAAGAUGACCACGCACUUCAUGGUGACCCUGCCGGCGCUGCUGGACAAGUUCGGCGCGGACCCCGAGAAGCUCACGAACCUGGUGGCCAUCCCGCAGUACUUCGACCUGGAGCUCUACACCACACAGCGCCAGGAGGGGAACCUGUCGCUGCUGCUGGGCAAGCUGCGCGAGGUGGUGAAGGCGCAGACCGAGGCCGAGGUGCUGGAGACGUGCGGCCGCACGCUCGAGCUGCUGUGCGGCGAGCAGCACGCCGUGUACACGCGCUGCAACGUGGCGCGCGCCACCGUCACCGACAUGUGCGUCAACCGCUACAAGGAGGCCAUGGACGACUACCGCAGCCUCGUCGAGGGGGGCGAGACGCCGGACGCGGACGAGGUGUUCAGCGUGAUCAACUCGCUGCGCAAGGUGUCCAUCAUGUACAUGUGCCACAACCUCAACGACACCAACAUCUGGGACUCGCUGUUCGAGGACCUGCCCAAGUGCGUCAAGCAGAGCGAGACGCAGAUGCCCGCGCAGGCGCUGGUGUACGUGGUGCGCGCGUGCUUCUACUCCGUGCUGUGGUCGCUGCACGAGCUGGAGGAGCGCGCGGGCGACGCCGCGGCGCUGCGCGAGCGCCUGCUGGCCUACGCGCAGCACUGCCGCGACAUCGUGCGCGCCGGCGCCACGCCGGAGCUGCGCGAGGAGGCCUACACGAGCCUGUGCGACCUGCUGAUCUUCUUCGCGGAGGCGCCGGCGGCGGCGGGCGGCGCGCGGCGCCUGGCGCUGGAGGCCGACGCGGCGCUGUGCGACCUGCUCAACGACUUCGUGCAGGAGUUCGUGUUCGUGCACCACAACUACGACGGUCAAGACGAGAGACGUAUCGAGGAGCUGCACAAGCGGCGCAACUUCCUGGCGGCCUACUGCAAGCUCAUCGUGUACAACGUGGCGCCCAUCCGCCGCGCCGCUGACGUCUUCAAGCACUACAUCAAGUGCUACAACGACUACGGCGACAUCAUCAAGGCCACGCUGAGCAAGGCGCGCGAGAUCAACAAGCUGAACUGCGCCAUCACCAUGCAGCUGGCCAUGCAGGCGCUGUUCUGCGACAUGCUGCAGAAGCACCCGGCGCCCACGCGCCAGCUGCCCGACUUCCUGGAGCUCAAGGAGCUGGCCAAGCGCUUCUCGGUGAUGUUCGGGCUGGACGCCGUGAAGAACCGCGAGGCGCUGACGGCGCUGCACCGCGCGGGCGUGGCCUUCGCGGCGCUGGACGCGACCGCCGCGCCCGCGCUGGCGCCGCCGCCGCACCUGCUGUUCCUGGAGCCGCUGGCCGAGUUCUCGGGCAAGCUGCUGCGCCAGGACAAGCGCACCGUGCUCAAGCGAAGCAUACAGAGCGGAGCUGGCAUUGACCCGCGGGUACCGCUCGCGUGUUGCAGUACGCGGAGUCGCGCUUCACGGCCGUGCAGUGGGGCGAGGAGUGGGCGCCGCUGCUGGCCUACCGCCACUCGCUGCUCACCGACGCGCCCGACGAGCGCCCGCCGCCCGCGCGCCGCCACUACACGCGCCGCGCCCGCGGCCAGAACGACGAGGAGGAGGGUGAUGACAACGCGGACUCCGACCAGGAGCAGCCCGGGUGAGUGCGCCGCAGCGACCGCCUGCGGGCUUCGCGGCGCGCCAAGUUGCGACCAAUCGCAAGACGCGCCCGUAAGAGCGAGCGCUGUGAUUGGUCGCACGCAGCCCGCUAAGCGCACAGGUCGCACGCCGCGAGUGGCCCUCGCCUCACUGACGCACUGUGCGCCGCGGCGGAGGUAACAUGUUUGUAUCGAUGACAUGUUCUUUGUAAAUUUGUUACUGGUGCCAAUAACAAUGCACUUAAAUCUACAAACUUAACUAUAUUGGCAUAUCUUAACAGGAACACUGAGAAAAGAACACUUUGAAACCUGUCAAUAUAGUUAAGUUUAUAGAUUUACUACAACAUAAUUCGCACCACAGUCCGUUUAAAAUAGUACUGAGCGGCGUGUUUGUGCGGUUACCUCUGCCGUCGCAUUGAAGUGCCGUUCGUUUGUGAAUCGCCCCUGGUGUAACUUAACAAGUUGACAAACUUUCUUUUGGUAUAGUAACGUUGUUUAGUCCUCCAUAUAAAAUAACAGAUUUGAACUCAUUUACGAAAUCAGUUUACAUGAACACUUACACUGAGCCUACAGAAGCAAAUUUUGUGUAAUUAAAAAUAAUUGUAUUUGUAUUGUAUAUAUGAAGUCCAUUUAUAUCUCAAUCGUAUUUCAACAUUUGUCUCUUGAAUUAUAAAUUAUUACAUUUAUAACACAACACUGACUGUUGCAUAUUCUGUAUAGUUCAUAGAUUUAUAGACUUAUUGGAAAAUAUGUAUAUAGAUGUAUUAAAGGUGACUAUGAACAUGUUGAUAUGAAAUAAUAUGCCCUAAAUACACAUA